AUGUCUUCAUCUCCAACAUCAACCCAAGAAGUCCCUAAGCCCGGCCCUCUUACCGCGUCUCCUUCAUCACCGGCACAGGCCGAUCCGCUCGAGGCCAAGAAGAUUGCAGCUCUAGAAGCCAAGAUCGCAGCUCUAGAGUCCCAGAUCCGAGAGACCGAAGACAAGCGGAGAGAGGUGGAUGGGCAGCUAAAAACCAAAGAUCCCCAAGCAACAGUGAAAGCCCACAUCAAGCUCUUGCACGACUACAACGAGAUCCGCGACAUUGGCCAAGGUCUGAUGGGCAUCAUAGCCGACAACAGGGGCGUACCCGUGAGAGAGGUUUAUCAAGAUUUUGAUGUCGGCGAGGGAGAUUGA